GUUUGCUGCACGAGCUGGCUGCUGGUAGCGUGGAGGUGAAAUUAGACACUGAGAGGAGGUCGCUGUAGUAGGGUUUUUUUUUUCCCCUCUCUAAAGUUAUUAAAAGUCCCAAAGAACCAAACAAGGGCUUGUCGCGUUUAUGGAAGCUAACUACACAGUCGGAGGAAACUGUUAAAUGAUAUGAAACUGUUAAAUAUCGCGGGAAAAAGCUUCUGACUCGGGCUCGCUGGCUUCUGCAUGGUCCCAGGCUAGCUAACAGUUAGCUGCUGCAGCUUCUCGGCUAGCGGGCUAGCGAGGUCCAGCCCAAAUUUUGUUUGCCUCGAGUGGAUGUGGUCACCCCCCGAGCUGUUCACGACUUUUCUCUUUGCAAGGAAAACAAGAACCAAGACUCCACACUGGCUUUGACACCGCGCGCUGUCAGGAAACCAGCAGGAUGUCCACCGAGGUUGAGUGUAGCCAGGUUGACUCGGGUUUGACAGCGAGCGGCUCCAGCGGGGUGCAGGACAAAAACCAAAACAAGUCAGAGGGGGCUCACCUGCACAAAGAACAAGAGGAGCCGGGGCAGAGGGGCACGGAGAAGCAGCAAGCGGACGACCACAAGCAAGAGUCGACCAAGAGCCAAGCGGACACGCAUAAGAAAAGCAAAGAAAACGAUAAAGAGAACGAACAGAGCGGCAACGCUGACUCGGCUGUCGAGGCGGCGAAGAAGAAAGUUGUAGAAGCCCCUCCGCCGAAAGUCAACCCGUGGACUAAAAGAACCACGGGCAGAGUGCCGGUCAACAACAUCAACUCCGGCUCCCAGGAGACAGAUCAACAAAACACCCUGAAAGUGGUCCGAGCCAGCAAGCCCAGAGUGAGAAAACCCAGCAAGUCCAGUGACUUCAGUGAUAUCACAAACUGGCCCACACCUGGAGAACUCGCUAAAGAGCAGCAGCAAACUGUCCUCGACAACAACGGGAAGAAGCCUUCCUCCCGCAGAGAAAGGGACAAGAGAAGAGAGCGACCGGACAGGAAAUCAGAGAGCAGCCAUGAUGGAGGGGAGAGCAAGGAGAACCAGGAAGCUCAUGUGGAUCCAAUGGAGGAACCGUGUAAAGAAGAAGAACCAAAACCAGGACAGGACUCAAAGAGCUCCAGCCUGAAGAAGAGAGGAGGUGAGGGUAACAAACGUAAGUGGGUUUCUCUGCCGCUGGAGGAAGUUUCCCGGGACGAUGCCGACAAGACAUCCGGCGGGUUCCCAGCCCAGCCGGACACUUCGCCCAUCAGCGACUCGUCCGACCCCAUGUCGCCCAAUCAAAGGGUUCAUGAUAACAGAGCGCAUUAUGACAGCCGGAGUUGGAGAGCCGAGCCGCGGGACCACGGAGACGACACCGGCAGCAUUCGGAGCGACGGAGGGACUGGGCGCGGAGGAAUACGAGGCAGGGGGAAAGGUCGCGGGCGUGGCAGAGGUCGCGGACGAGGUCGGUACGAAUACUCUCUGAACUACAGAGACGCUCGCUCAUCUGACGGCUCCGGUCAGGUGCCCACAGAGUUUGGUACCAACAUGGUUUACUACUACGACGACGGCAACAAGGUCCAAAUGUAUACAGUGGACGAAAAGCUUCUCAAAGAAUACAUCAAGCGGCAAAUUGAAUACUACUUCAGCAACCACAACCUGGAGCGGGAUUUCUUCCUGAGGAGAAAAAUGGACACGCAGGGCUUCCUCCCCAUUUCACUCAUUGCGAGCUUCCACAGAGUGCAGGCUCUUACCACUGACGUCAACCUCAUCAUGGAGGCUCUAAAAAGCAGCACUGAAGUGGAGCUGGUGGAUGAGAGGAUACGCUGUAAAACGGAGCCGGAGCGCUGGCCCAUCCCCACGCCACCCGUCGUGGGUUCUCCCCGCACCGACUUCUCCCAGCUCAUCAACUGCCCCGAGUUUGUUCCUCGACAGAACCUGAACGCCGUCAGUGCUGCUACGUUGCCCGUGAAGGAGCCUCUGAUUGGCCCGGCUGAUCCCAGCUCGUCCAAUCAGGACUCUCUCCCGGCCGCAGACGACUCUAAAGACGGCCCUGCAUCCGAGGCCAAGCCCGACCCCAACCCGGACGCCUGGAUCCAGGUGGAGAAACGCCACCGUCAGACCUCUGGAAAAUCAAAGGGGGAACCCAAGAUCCCUCCUGCUCCAAGCAGCCAGCCGCCUCCCCAGGCCGAACCGGACCAGGAGGAGCUGGACUUCAUGUUCGACGAGGAGAUGGAGCAGAUGGCGCCCAGGAAGAACAAAUUCACCGACUGGUCGGACGAGGACGACUCGGACUACGAGCUUGACGACCAAGACGUCAACAAGAUCCUCAUCGUCACCCAGACCCCGCCGUACCUCCGCAAACACCCCGGCGGCGACCGCACAGGAAACCACGAGUCCCGGGCCAAGAUCACAGCCGAUCUGGCCAAGGCCAUCAACGACGGGCUGUACUACUACGAACAGGACCUGUGGAAGGGAGAGGAGCAGAUCGAGUGCAGCAAGCAGGAUGUGGAGAACUUCAAGAAGUUAAACGUCAUCAGUAAAGACGAGUUUGACACCCUCACUCCCAAAGUUCCCAUCGACCCGAACCAGGAAGUCCCUCCUCCUCCCAUGACAGUGGAGACCGGAUCGGAUCUGGCUCGCUCUCUCCCUACAACGGUCCCAGAAUCCCCCAGCACUUCUCAACCCCGGACCCCCAGAACGCCUCGCACGCCUGGACGCCAGGAUCCCAACAAAACCCCACGAUUCUACCCCGUUAUGAAGGAGAGCGGCGCCAUUGAUGGACAGAUGCCAAGAAAGAAGAAGACCCGCCACAGCUCAAACCCCCCGCAGGAGGCCCACAUCGGUUGGGUGAUGGACUCCCGUGAGCACCGGCCGCGCUCUGCAUCCAUCAGCAGCUCCAACGCUUCUCCAUCAGAAGGCGCUCCGCUGUCGGGAAGCUACGGCUGCACUCCCCAGUCUCUGCCCAAGUUCUGGCAUCCAUCCCACGAGCUGCUGAGAGACAACGGCUUCACCCAGCAGGGAUACCACAAGUACCGCCGAAGGUGCCUUAACGAGAGGAAACGGUUGGGGGUCGGCCAGUCUCAGGAGAUGAACACUCUGUUCAGGUUUUGGUCCUUCUUUCUCAGGGACAACUUCAACAGAAAGAUGUACGAGGAGUUCAAACAGUUUGCACUUGAAGAUGCCAAAGAAAAUUACAGGUAUGGAUUGGAAUGCCUCUUCAGAUACUACAGCUACGGUUUGGAGAAGAGAUUCAGGUUAGAUCUCUUCAAAGACUUCCAAGAGGAGACCUUGAAAGACUUUGAGAAAGGUCAGCUGUACGGACUGGAGAAGUUCUGGGCCUUCCUGAAGUAUUCCAGGAUAAAGAACCAGCCCAUUGACCCGAAGCUGCAGGAGCACCUCUCAAAGUUCCGGAACCUGGAGGACUUCAGGGUGGUGCCUCCGAUGGGAGAAGAGGGCGGCAGGAGGAGAUAUCCGUCAUCCUCGGCCGGGGAUGAAGGAAGGCGUCGGAGACACCCUUCCAACUCUACCUCAAAACCCGCGCAGGCCUCCAAAUCCUCCAACGUGCCCCCCCAGUCAACCGCCGCCUCGUCCUCCGCCUCCACACAGAGCUCAGCCAAAGACAGCACCCAGAAAUCGACGGCGCCGUCCAACCACGGCAAAAAGCCCGACAGCAGAGCGGCGAAGAAAGACGGAGUUUCCCCCAACAAAUGAAGCUCCUGGCCAGCGGAGAGAAGCGGCAGCCGCUCUCAGGUCACAGCGAACCGCAUGGACGUGAAGCGAACGAGCGAGCUCGACUUUAAUUUGAUUGUUUUUAUCGGCGCAUUUCAGUUUUUAAAAGGAAGCAAACGUAGGCAGUAAGCUUGAAUUUGUUUGCCCGGCGACAGCUCAUAACGUUUACAAAACAAACAAAAAAAAAAUGCAUUCCCCGCAUUUUGCCUUUUUUCUCUCUUUCUCUCAGAUGCCAAACUCCUUCGAGUGCAUUGAUCGCUGUAAACUGCUCGGAUCUUUUAAAGCAGUGGUUCCCAACCACCGGGCUGCGGACCGGUACAGGUCCGCGCAAGAAAUAAUGAACUACUUCCGGAUCUUUUAUUUUGAAAAUCCUGAACCGGAUUUUACCGGUUACAUCUUGC